GCGAGCGGGCCGAAGGACUGAGCAGCGCCGCUGCCGUCGGGUUCGCAGCUCUGCAGCGCCGCUAAGGCUUCGGCGCCCGCAGCCCCAGGGGCCCAGCGGCCCCGCUUUGUGCCCGGCCAGGUCUCCAAGAUCCUGGGUGAACGUCACGGGUUGAUGGCGACUUCUGGGUGCUGACCCUGUCCGAAGCUUGAGCUUCAAAUGGUAGAACCACUGCGGACUGAAACCCACCUUUCCAGAUCUGAAAGGAAGGCUGAGGAAGAGGAAGGGAGGGGACAGUCCCGGAGACAAGUCUAGUCCCUCACUCAGGACUUGAGCAGCACCUUCAGAUGGCACCUUUGGAGAUCUUGACCAAGGCUCUUCUGUUUGGCCUGGGGUUUCUGGCGCAUUCUCCCAGACUCAGGUGAGACCCCGAUGGGCACCCCGUGGGGCAGGUGCUGACACACGCCCCAACUCCAGCCACUGACACCAUUGCCAGCCUCAGUCUCUAAAUGCCACACCGCUCCUGGGGCCAGUUGGGCUGGGCACCACUGUUGCCUUUGAAGACCAUAAAACCAUGGGAAACGCAGAAAGCCAAAAUGUAGACCACGAGUUUUAUGGAGAAAAGCAUGCCAGCCUGGGGCGGAAGCACACUUCACGCUCCCUGCGGCUGUCACACAAGACCCGGAGGACACGGCAUGCUUCCUCCGGGAAGGCUAUCCACAGGAACUCUGAAGUGAGCACCCGGUCCAGCAGCACGCCCAGCAUCCCCCAGUCCCUGGCUGAAAAUGGCCUGGAGCCCUUCUCCCAAGAAGGCGCCCUAGAUGACUUCGGGGACCCCAUCUGGGUGGACCGAGUAGAUAUGGGCUUGAGACCCGUAUCUUACACCGAUUCUUCCGUCACUCCCAGCGUAGACGGCAGCAUCGUCCUCACUGCAGCCUCCGUGCAGAGCAUGCCAGACUCAGAGGAGAGCCGGCUUUACGGGGAUGACGCUACGUACUUGGCUGAGGGAGGCAGGAGGCAGCGUCCCUAUACAUCCAAUGGGCCCACAUUCAUGGAGACGGCCAGCUUUAAGAAGAAGCGCUCCAAAUCUGCAGACAUCUGGCGGGAGGACAGCCUGGAAUUCUCACUCUCAGAUCUGAGCCAAGAACAUUUAACAAGCAACGAAGAAAUCUUGGGUUCCGCGGAAGAGAAGGACUGCGAGGAGGCUCGGGGGAUGGAAACAGAGGCGAGUCCCCGGCAGCUCAGCACCUGUCAGCGAGCCAACUCCCUGGGUGACUUGUAUGCUCAGAAAAACUCUGGGGCGAAGGCUAACGGAGGACCUAGGAACAGAUUCUCAAGCUACUGCCGGAAUUUGGUGUCGGAUAUUCCCGACCUUGCAAAGCAUAAGAUGCCACCGGCUGCUGCCGAAGAGACUCCUCCAUACAGUAAUUACAACACGCUUCCCUGUAGGAAGUCGCACUGUCUUUCCGAGGGUGCCACCAACCCACAAAUUAGCCUUAGCAAGAGCAUGCAAGGCAGAAGAGCAAAAACCACCCAGGAUGUUAACACAGGCGAGGGCAGCGAGUUUGCGGACAGUGGGAUCGAAGGGGCCACCACCGACACGGACCUCUUGUCUAGGAGAUCCAAUGCCACCAACUCAAGCUACUCGCCCCCCACAGGCCGAGCCUUUGUGGGCAGCGACAGCGGCAGCAGUUCAACGGGGGAUGCUGCACGCCAGGGGGUGUACGAGAACUUCAGGCGGGAACUGGAGAUGAGUACCACCAACAGUGAGAGCCUGGAGGAGGCUGGCUCUGCGCACAGCGAUGAGCAGAGCAGCGGAACCCUCAGCUCCCCGGGCCAGUCGGACAUCCUGCUAACGGCAGCGCAGGGCACUGUGCGGAAGGCUGGAGCGCUGGCAGUCAAGAACUUCCUGGUACACAAGAAGAAUAAGAAGGUGGAGUCGGCUACCCGGAGGAAGUGGAAGCACUACUGGGUGUCCCUGAAAGGUUGCACACUCUUUUUCUACGAAACUGAUGGCAGGUCUGGGAUAGACCACAACAGUGUCCCCAAGCACGCUGUCUGGGUGGAGAACAGCAUCGUGCAGGCUGUGCCUGAGCACCCCAAGAAAGACUUCGUCUUCUGCCUCAGCAACUCCCUGGGUGACGCCUUCCUCUUCCAGACCACGAGCCAGACAGAGCUGGAGAACUGGAUCACCGCCAUCCACUCUGCCUGCGCAGCUGCCGUCGCAAGGCACCACCACAAGGAGGACACGCUCCGCCUCCUCAAGUCGGAAAUCAAGAAGCUGGAGCAGAAGAUCGACAUGGACGAGAAGAUGAAGAAGAUGGGGGAGAUGCAGCUGUCUUCCGUCACCGACUCGAAGAAGAAGAAGACCAUCCUAGACCAGAUCUUCGUUUGGGAGCAGAACCUCGAACAGUUCCAGAUGGACCUGUUCCGAUUCCGCUGUUACCUCGCCAGCCUCCAGGGCGGGGAGCUGCCAAACCCCAAAAGGCUGCUUGCUUUUGCGAGCCGGCCCACGAAGGUGGCCAUGGGCCGCCUUGGGAUCUUCUCCGUGUCAUCUUUUCAUGCCCUGGUGGCAGCCCGGACUGGUGAGAUCGGAGUGAGAAGGCGUACUCAGGCCAUGUCCAGGUCUGCAAGCAAGCGAAGGAGCAGGUUUUCUUCUCUCUGGGGCCUAGACACUACCUCCAAAAAGAAGCAGGGACGCCCAACCAUCAACCAGGUGUUUGGAGAGGGGACUGACGCUGUAAAGAGAUCUUUAGAGGGAAUAUUUGAUGACACUGUUCCAGAUGGCAAGAGGGAGAAGGAAGUGGUCUUACCCAGUGUCCACCAGCACAACCCCGACUGUGACAUUUGGGUCCAUGAAUAUUUCACUCCAUCCUGGUUCUGUCUACCCAACAACCAGCCAGCCUUGACGGUUGUCCGGCCAGGGGACACUGCGAGGGACACCUUGGAGCUCAUUUGCAAGACACAUCAACUGGAUCAUUCAGCCCAUUACCUGCGCCUGAAAUUUCUAAUGGAGAACAGAAUGCAGUUCUACAUCCCGCAGCCUGAGGAGGACAUUUACGAGCUGCUUUACAAAGAAAUUGAAAUCUGUCCAAAAGUCACCCAGAAUAUCCACAUUGAGAAGUCAGACACGGCCGCUGAUAAUUACGGGUUUUUGCUUUCUUCUGUGGAUGAAGAUGGCAUUCGAAGGCUCUACGUGAACAGUGUCAAGGAAACCGGGUUAGCUUCCAAGAAAGGCCUGAAGGCGGGGGAUGAGAUUCUCGAGAUCAAUAAUCGUGCUGCUGGUACCCUGAACUCAUCUAUGCUCAAAGAUUUCCUCUCACAGCCCUCCCUGGGCCUCCUGGUGAGGACCUACCCUGAGCCAGAGGGAGGCGUGGAGCUGCUGGAGAACCCUCCGCACCGAGUGGACGGCCCUGUGGACCUUGGCGAGAGCCCCCUCGCCUUCCUCACCAGCAACCCAGGGCACAGCCUCUCCAGUGAGCAGGGCAGCAGUGCUGAGACAGCUCCGGAAGAGGGCGAAGGACCGGACUUGGAGUCUUCUGAUGAGACAGAUCACAGCAGCAAGAGCACAGAACAGGUUGCAGCGUUUUGCCGGAGUCUGCACGAGAUGAGCCCCUCUGACUCAAGCCCGUCCCCUCAGGAUGCCACAAGCCCUCAGCUGGCAACCACACGACAGCUGUCGGAUGCGGAUAAACUGCGUAAGGUGAUCUGUGAACUGCUGGAGACUGAGCGCACCUAUGUGAAAGACUUAAACUGCCUCAUGGAGAGAUACCUGAAGCCCCUGCAGAAGGAGACCUUUCUCACCCAGGAUGAGCUUGAUGUACUUUUUGGAAAUUUAACCGAAAUGGUGGAGUUUCAAGUCGAGUUCCUUAAAACUCUAGAAGAUGGAGUAAGACUGGUCCCUGACUUGGAGAAGCUUGAGAAGGUUGACCAGUUCAAGAAAGUGCUGUUCUCUCUGGGGGGAUCCUUCCUGUACUACGCAGACCGCUUCAAGCUCUACAGUGCCUUCUGUGCGAGCCACACAAAAGUCCCCAAGGUCCUGGUGAAAGCCAAGACGGACAUGGCCUUCAAGGCAUUCCUGGAUGCCCAGAACCCGAGGCAGCAGCACUCGUCCACCCUCGAGUCUUACCUCAUCAAACCCAUCCAGAGGGUCCUCAAGUACCCGCUUCUGCUCAGGGAGCUGUUUGCACUGACCGAUGCGGAGAGUGAGGAACACUACCACCUGGACGUGGCCAUCAAGACUAUGAACAAGGUCGCCAGUCACAUCAAUGAGAUGCAGAAGAUCCACGAAGAGUUUGGUGCUGUGUUUGACCAGCUGAUUGCUGAGCAGACGGGAGAGAAGAAAGAGGUUGCAGAUCUGAGCAUGGGUGACCUGCUCUUGCACACCAACGUCAUCUGGCUGAACCCACCCGCCUCACUGGGAAAGUGGAAAAAGGAGCCAGAAUUGGCAGCCUUCGUCUUCAAAACGGCCGUGGUCCUUGUGUAUAAAGACGGUUCCAAGCAGAAGAAGAAACUUGUUGGCUCUCACAGGCUGUCAAUCUACGAGGAGUGGGACCCUUUCCGGUUUCGCCACAUGAUCCCUACCGAAGCUUUGCAGGUCCGAGCUCUGCCCAGUGCAGAUGCAGAGGCGAAUGCGGUAUGCGAAAUUGUCCACGUGAAAUCAGAGUCAGAAGGGAGGCCCGAGCGGGUUUUCCACCUCUGCUGCAGUUCCCCAGAGAGCAGAAAGGACUUUCUGAAGUCUGUACAUUCGAUCCUGCGAGAUAAACACAGAAGACAGCUCCUCAAAACGGAAAGCCUUCCCUCAGCCCAGCAGUAUGUCCCCUUUGGAGGCAAGAGAUUAUGUGCGCUUAAAGGCGCCAGGCCAGCCAUGAGCAGGGCAGGUACUGUGGGGAUUCAGACCUACAAGAUCCCUGUCACCCCAGCUCCACUGUAGGUCUCCAGGGGGCAGGAGUUAGGCAUGGUCUUGGGGGUGGGGGGCUGAUGUAAGUAGGGUCUUCUUCUGUGGUGUGAGGCUCAUGCCUUGUCUCCUUCCUGAUGGGUUCUGGGGAACCUUCCCUUUGCUUGCGGUUCUUCCCUUACCUCAGCCUUCCCUCGCUGCCUCCCCUUUGGCUGGUAUGCUCCUCUCUCAUUGGCCAACCCAAUGCAUCCUCUUUUGGAAGGGGUUCUCUUAGCCUGCUUGUGGAAUGAGAGUCACUGCUUGGCAUGGCAGCCAGCUUUGUUCAGUAGAAAGCAGUGAGUUGAGGUCAGCAAGGUCAUAGCCCCCUCUACUGAGAACACCGUGACUUCCCAGUCUAGCGGAAGACACAGCCCGUUCUCAGUGAGGAUGCGGACGUGCUCUGGCAUGGUAGGCCAGUUGAUGCUGCAGAAGUUGACCCUCACUUCGUGCCUGUAACUUUAGUUUCAGCCUCUGGGUUAGUUUAGGGAAGGUUUCAGCUGCUACUGGGAAAGAAGAAAGUGGAGUUUAACUGGUUCCCAGUAAAUUCCCUUGGAGCACUUGUCCCAUGUCUCUGGAGCAAAGGAGGAGGAACACCAUUGCCACCAUGUGCAGAUGGCAAUAGAGCAAGGCCAGAAGAGUGGUAUUUUCCCAAUGCUGGACUUACAGAGAGCCAUCCACAUCCUUGCCCUCCUAAGAUGCAGCCCAGAAUUUUUCAGGAAGGAGUCCAGUAGAAUAAAUUUCCUUUACACGCAGGCAAACAAACAAACAAACCGAUUUCUACUUUUGACACAGUCACCUCCCCACCAGUCCUCAGUCGUGUUGCAGAGAUGCAGGAAGAGCUGUGACGUCAUAGGCAUAACCUACCAACCCUGACUCGGCCUGUUACAAUCUUAGGUACCUUGAGAUUGACUAAUGGAUGUCGGUGGAGGCUACCUGAAGUCUGUUCUCCAUUCAGUUGAUAUGCUGAUUGAAAACCUAGAACCCAGAAUCCCAGACCCCAAAACUGCAAGGUUCUCCAAACAGCCUGAGAGUCAUGCAUACAUCCAUGCCCACGGCCUCUCAGGGAGUACUCUGUAAAAACAGGCUGUUGUUUCAUGGCAAGAGAGAAAUUUGUUGAAGUAUUUUUUGUGCUCCUCUUGUUUGCUGAGGGGUGUUUAAUUGGGAAAUAUGCACCAAUCUCAGGGACCCUAACUACCAGUGGCUCUUGCUGUUAACUUAGGAACCUAAAUUCAAAAGUGCAUUUACAUAAAACAAAACAAAACAAAUCCAAAACACAUAUGCACUCACAUUUUGUCCAUAGGAGGUAGCAAAGUUUUUCUCCUGAGAUGAUCUUAGAAAUAAAAAACAAACAAACUCAUUACCUGCUAUAAACCAUUACAAAUGCCAAGAGAAAGCCUCAACAUGACAGCCUGUUGGAUUUGUACAACUGAAAGCAUAUUUCUUUGUUUGUUUUCCUGCCAGAGGGCUCAUUUUUUGGCUGAAAAUUGUUUCUAUCCACCCUGCCUUUGACGUAACUCACUACCAUUGGAGUAUGUGUGUUCCACAAUUUCCAAAAUGGAGCGCCAGUGGAUCAGUCAAAGACUGCCUCUCUGAGACGGAGAGAGACCCACUAAUGCCAUCUAGCUUAUUAAAUGGCCUUUUCAUAAAAGGCAGACAAUCACAACACACUCUGCAUUUCUCAAGACCCGUGUGCAGUCUGGAGAGCGUAAAGACAAAUACCCCGCCUCCAUACUUACUCUAAAGUGGGAUUACUUCGGCCAAUAACCGACCUAAAAUUUCUCAUAGUCUAUAAUCUUUUUAUGGAAAAUCUGAGGCUUAUGGAGCAGCUAAAAGAAUCUAUCCCUAUAUCUAUAUUCCAUAAUUAGUAUUUUGCUCUAUUUUCACUGUUGCCCACCCAUCUGCCAUCUGCGUGCACCAUCUUACCUUGGCACGUUUCAGAGCAGCAGCAUGACUGCACUUGGCCCCUAAAUCCCACCAUGAAGGCCAUGCUCACGUUUCCAGUAGACCAGUAGUGAACUGAUGUCAUUCAGAUGUAGCGAUUGAGUAGAACAAGGUUGGACUGCAGUGGGGUUAGGCUCAAAGUGAAGACGACACGUUUGUGCCUUCUCCCAGCGGAGAAGUAGCUUUCCAUUUCCUCCCAUGUUGCCUGGAGUUUCUUUCUAUUCCCAUCUUUAAACAAGUGCGGUGCCAGUCUGUUCUGUGUGUGGAGAUAAUGGGACACUCAGAACCUGGACAGUAGGUGUCUCCUGGCAGUUCUGAAGCAGCCUCGCUGCUUUUGAGACUUGGGUUCCAGGACAGCUGCUCCUGACUGGUGUGUGCGUUGCUCCCUCCAUGGAAAAAGCCUGUGUUGCAUUUCACCUCAGGGUGUCCGAUGCAACAGUCACUUCGGCCUCCAGGGAGAAGUGGCAUUGUUUCCACCAGAGCCAUUGCGUGCGUGCGUUCUUGCGUGCGUGCGUGCGUGCGUGCGUACGUAUGGCGAGUGGUGGGAGCAUUCGUUGCUUGCUUGAUUGGAAUCUCUAUUUGUUUGCUUGCCUUUAGUAAUUCUGGCUUCCUGGAGGGCAGUGGAGUAAAUUAAUAAACCCCAAUAUUUUACCUUGGAGUAACUUUCUGUGGCGCACUGUUUCUCAGUGCUAGAGUGGCAUCUGUUACUGAUCUCUUAGGCCACUCAGGCACACUGUAGUUUUAAUUGCACUGUAGAAGAGUUGGCGAUUCACAGCUUGGAGUUAGUUAGGACUAUGACUCUGCUUAGCCUCAGAGUUCAUGUUGGACCUUAUCAGAAAGGGUGCAAAGAGUGGACUGGAAGGGCAGUGUCUCUGACAACUGACAUCCAGUCUCCAGGAAUGUGAUGCCCUCAAUCUAACUGUGGGUGUUUACGUCCCUGGGGAGCACUGUCCCCAGCACAGUGCUCCAGAGAGCACAGCAAUGCCUUCCCAGCACAACCCCUGAAGGCUUCUCUCAGGCUUAUCAAACACCUCUCUCCUGGCUAAGUGACCCUCGGAUAACCCUGGUAAGCUCUCUAGCACUGUGCCAUGGGCACAGUAGUGUUGAGGACAGUCUCUGGCCCAAUGCUGAGAACAGUAGACAUCUGUGUUUCCUGUCUUGUGGGUGCACGGGUUAAAGUAGAUUAUUUCCUUCUCCAUAACCCAGAGCCUCUAGUGUUUAGACCCUCACUCCUUACAGUCUCUGGGCCCAUCCUUAGAUCUGAAGAUCCCUUCAGACAUCUGAGCAAAGUAGACAACACUGGGAUGGUAAGGGGUAGACCCCAAACUCCUGAAGCCCCA